AUGAUCGUUAACGGUGCAUCUGAUCCGAUUUUAUGUCGUUGUUUUUCCUCUUUUUUAGAUGGUCCUGCACUUGACUGGUUUUGCUCUUUGCCUGCAGAUUCUAUCUCACGAUUCCAGGAGCUGGCAAAACAAUUUGAAGAUCAUUUUGCAGCAUCGGCUAUAUACUUACAUGAUUCCGAUUAUCUGACUACUAUUAAGCAAGGUCAACAAGAAAGCCUAAAGGACUACAUUACUCGUUUUACUAAAGUUGCUAUGAGAAUUCCUGAUCUCCACCCAGAAGUCCACUUGCAUGCCAUCAAAAGUGGCCUCCGCCCGGGUAAGUUUCAAGAGGCCAUUGCAGUAGCCAAACCCAAGACUCUGGCCGAGUUUAGGGAAAAGGCCAAAGGACAGAUAGAUAUUGAAGAACUCCGUCAGGCCCGAAAGGCAGAGAAGUCGGCAAUUGCGAAGGAUGACGAUAAACCUCGGGAGAGCAAAAAGAAUUUCCGACCAAUGCCCCGUUACGAGUCAUAUACCCAGUUCAAUACAAAGCGGGACGACAUCAUCAAAGAAAUAUUGAAUUCUAAGCUAAUUAAGACACCCCGCAAAGCUGGUAGUUAUCCUGAGCCGAAGAACAUUGACAAAUCCAAGUAUUGCAUGUUUCAUCAGAAAUACGGUCACACGACUGAUGAAUGUGUGAUCGCAAAGGAUCUCUUGGAACGUCUAGCAAGACAGGGCCACCUUGACAAAUUUAUUUCAGGUCAUAUAUAG